CAUCUAUCUGCGCAAGCACCACUCGUCCGCUGACCAGCGCUCAGGACACACCGGUAGGAGCAACCGGACAUGAGUGCAGUGGCGGGGUCCUCGGGCUUGCCUGCGUCGGAGCAGGAGCCUCUGCUUAGGCACAGGGUAGAUAACGAUGCUGGAUCGGACGCGUCUAAGGACUAUGCUUCUGUGGAUGUGCGUGCUGUGCCGCUGUUGAACCAGGAAGAUGCAGAUCUUAGUUUGGAAGACGUUCCGGACCACAAGCGGCAGCUAGGGCUUCUGAGCACCGCGUCUCUCAUCUUCAAUCGCGUCAUAGGCACUGGUAUUUUUGCUACGCCGAGCGUGAUUCUGCGCUCUUCGGGCAGCGUCGGGCUAUCGCUCGUUAUGUGGUUGCUGGGUGCGACCGUGGCCCUGUGUGGCACGGCCGUGUACAUUGAACUUGGAACUGGGCUUCCGCGGAAUGGCGGAGAGAAGAAUUACUUGGAGUUCAUAUACCAGCAUCCGAAGUUGCUGGUCACCUGCAUAUAUGCCAUGUACGCGGUGCUUACCGGAUGGCAAGCAGCAUCGUGUUCGGUUUUUGGCGAAUAUGCCUUGCACGCUCUGAAUCCAUCUCAACCACCGUCACCUACCACGGCUCGCCUUGCAGGCGUCCUCUGCAUCACUGCGGCGCUUCUGCUGCACGGCACGAUGCUGAAGACCGGGCUCCACAUCCAGAAUGCGCUGGGGCUGUUCAAGCUUUUCGUCCUCGUUGGAAUUGCACUCAGCGGCCUCGCGUCUUUGCUUCAAGUGCCGGGCUUCAGGUUGGAAAACCCUCCGCUGAACUUCGAAUGGGACACAAUGUGGGAGGGUACGCUAGUGGGCGGUGUGAAUGCGUUCGUAACGGGGCUCUUCAACGUAAUCUGGUGCUUCAUCGGAUAUUCGAACGCGAACUACGCGCUCGCCGAAGUGCGCGACCCAAUCCGCACCAUAAAGCGCGCAGCGCCGCUCGCCAUGCUAUCCGUCACGUUCGUGUACAUGCUGGUCAACAUCGCAUACCUAGCAGUCGUGGACAAGGAAGAGAUCGUCGGCAGUGGGAGGAUUGUCGCUGCGCUGCACUUCGGGAAACUAUGGGGUGUCGGUGCUGAACGGGCGGUCAGCGUCAUUGUCGCGUUCUCGACAGUGGGGAACAUCCUCGCAGUGUUGUUCACCCAUGGGCGAGUCGUGCAAGAGUUGGGAAGAGAAGGGGUAUUACCCUUCUCCUCCAUCUUCGCAAGCAACAAGCCGUUCGGCGCCCCCUUCGCGGGGUUGUUCGAGCAGUGGCUCGUGACAUCAAGCUUAGUGCUACUGGUCCCUCCCGGAGAUGCGUACCUCUUCAUGCUCAACCUGUCCUCGUACCCUCUCGCACUCAUCAACACGUUCGUAUCUGGGGGCCUCGUCUUCAUCCACCUACCAGAUGCGGCACUGCCCAAGCGGUUCCGCGCGCUGCGCGCGUCAUAUGAGUGGCGGCCGCCCUUCCGAGCGUGGGCGCCCGUCGUCCUGUUCUUCUUCCUCUCCAAUGUGUUUCUUGUCGCUGUGCCGCUCGUGCCGCCCGCACGAGGGUACCGCGUAUACGAGCAUCUGCCCUAUUGGCUCCAUGUUCUCGUGGCGUGGCUGAUCUCGUUUGGCGGGAUCGCGUACUGGUAUGUGUGGUGUGUAUGGCUGCCGCGGCGGGGCGGUUACGUGCUGGUGCGCGACUGGGUGAGAGAUGAUGAUGGUACGCCUAGACGGGUAGUCAGGAAAGUGAAGACGACGUAGAGGCUGCGCAUGAACAAGC